AUGAGAUUUUCAUUGUGCAGAAACGGAAUGAAGACUGAGAUCUUUGAGCAAGAAGAUGAAAUUUGCAAGCAUGGAACGAAUCUUAAGUAUCCAGGCUUGCAAGCACUUGCUAUUGUUGCACAGAAAAAUAUUUCGGCAGUAGUUGAGAACAAGGAUUUAGUGGUUAAAGCCUUGAGUGAUUCUGAUGUGCUUGUCAUGUGUAUCCUCUCUGAGGAUAAUGUGAUGGAAAUUUGUAGAAUCUUGAUCAGCCAUUCUCUGAAGUCUGACCCGGAGUUCUGUAAUGAGAUCUUGGGAUUCAUCUUAUUGACUUGUGGUAGGAAUUAUUAUGAAGUGAUUUUUGAUUUCGAUUGGUAUGUUUUGUUUCUUGGGGAAAUGGCAAGGGUACCCCAUUGUCAAAAGGGGGAUGAAAUUGCAACCCAACUUAUUGACAUUGGCAUGAGGGUUAAAGAUGCUAGAUCUCAGCUUGUUCACGUUACUCGUGACCUGGUGAUUGAUCCUGCAUUACUUGGCAAUCCUUUUAUGCAUGCAGUGCUCGCUGCUGCUGCCUGGGUUUCAGGAGAGUACAUUAAGCUUUCAAGAAACCCGUUCGAGAUCAUGGAAGCACUGUUACAGCCACGGACUAGUCUCCUUAGUCCAUCUGUGCGAGCUGUCUAUAUACACUCCACAUUUAAGGUGUUGAUGUUCUGUAUGUACUCGUAUCUCAGGUUGAACGAAGAUGAUUCUUCAACUCCCUCCACAUUGAUAGAUUCAGAAUUAGUAUCUGAUGUUGAAUUGGAUGAUGAUCAAAAUAUGAUUGUUACCAAUGGCCAUCCAUUAUCAGCUUCUUCAGUAAUAGAUCAUCUUACUCAAGAAUCCAUCUUGGCUCUAGUCAAUCUUGCUGAAAUUAAUUUGGGGCCUUUAGCUGGAAGUAAUGAAGUAGAAGUGCUGGAGAGAUCGACCAAUGUCCUUGGAUUGAUUAAAUUGAUAAAACCAAUGCUCCUUGGUUCUCUCGACAAUGGUGAAGGAGAUCAGGCUAAGGGAGAACUGAAAGCUUCUGAAACAGUAAAGCUGAUUUUUUAUUCAUGUUCUGAAGAUCUUGGUCCAGUCUCAGUUAAUGCACAAGAGGGGGUAACUAUACCCGAUGGGUUGGGGCUCAAGGAAAAUCUUGACGAUUUGGAAGAAAUCUGUGGUGAUGUUAAAUUGCCAUUAUUAACUUCAUUUUCUCUCGUCAGACCUCAAUACAUGGAAGCCUCUAGUAAUGCAGAUUCCCAGGGUAAGGAAGAGUCCGAACCAUCAUCUGAAUCAACAUCGUUACUUGCAGAGCAUAGGAAGAGGCACGGUUUGUAUUACCUUGCUCCAGGAAAUACAAUGGCGACGUCCAAUGACUACCUGCCUGCUCAUGACCCCAAAGAUAAGGUUACCAAUGAGGCUGAAGAUCUUGUGAAGUUAGCAGAGAAAUCGCUCAUCACUGGGAAAAAACCUAGUCAAUCCAAGCGUAGGCCAGUGGUUGUGAAGUUUGAUGAUGGGGAAGUAACUAAUGUCACGACAGAUAGAACUGUGACUAAGGCAGAUCUAAUAUUGGGUGCUGUCAAUAAAGUGCUUCUAGGCGAUGAAGCCACAACUUCAUCGUCAUCAAGAAGAAAACCAACGAAAUCAAGAAGGGUGACUGAUGAGUCAAGUGCUGGCAUAGCUAAAACUGAUCAAUCCGAGCACAGUAAAGCUGGUAGCAAACACCAUGGUCAUGGUAAAGAGAGGAAACGUCGAAGCUCAGCAAAGGAUAAAGAACAUGAUCGCAAAGACAAGCAGAAAAGUGAUAGCGUGGCGCAUGGUAAGCACAGGUCGCGGCACAGAGCAGAUGAAGCAUUGGAAACUCAAGCACCAGUCAUUCCUGAUUUUCUUUUAUAG